AGACAUUCAAACUCAAGAAACCACCCUUGUGGAAACCCACUCAUACCUACUGGUGAAACCCCAAUCCUUCCUCUGACACCAUGGUCAGCUCCUGUUGUGGCUCUGUCUGCUCUGACCAGGGCUGUGGCUCCAGCUGCUGCCAGCCUUGCUGCCGCCCCACCUGCUGCCAGACCACCUGCUGCAGGACCACCUGUUGCCGGCCCACCUGCUGUGUGUCCAGCUGCUGCCGCCCCUCCUGCUGUGGCUCCAGCUGCUGUGGUUCCAGCUGCUGCAGGCCCAGCUGCUGCAUCUCUAGCUGCUGCCGCCCCUCCUGCUGUGGUUCCAGCUGCUGUGGCUCCAGCUGCUGCAGGCCCAGCUGCUGCAUCUCUAGCUGCUGCCACCCCUCCUGCUGCCAGACCACCUGCUGCCGCCCCAGCUGCUGUGGCUCCAGCUGCUGUGGCUCCAGCUGCUGUGGCUCCAGCUGCUGCCGCCCCUCCUGCUGCAUUUCUAGCUGCUGCCGCCCCUCUUGCUGUGGUUCCAACUGCUGUGGCUCCAGCUGCUGUGGCUCCAGCUGCUGCCGCCCCUCCUGCUGCCCCUCCUGCUGCCUGCGUCCAGUCUGUGGCCGGGUCUCCUGCCACACCACUUGCUAUCGCCCCACCUGUGUCAUCUCCACCUGCCCCCGCCCUAUGUGCUGUGCCUCCUCUUGCUGCUGAGCCCCCUUCUCUGUGACCACCAUCUCCGCCUACCUCUGCCCCACAGAUGUAGCCCCUCCUUUUCUGCUGACCAUCAGGACACAUGGGAUGGGGCUGAUGUUGCUCAAUUGAGUUGGGUCUCAUUAUUCCAAUGAGCCUACCACCAUCCCACUGACUCUGUGAGCAUAUUCUAAUCUCAGUCCAAAUUCCGCUUCUGGAUCUCCCCCUUUCAUCCAAGUGUGAAUUUUCUUACAACACCAAUUGUUGUAGUGACCACUUCUCCCUAAAAUAUCCUUAACUUUUGGGCACCAGCUCAUCAAGCUCAGGGAGCUGAAGUCUGAUUUCAGUAUUUCUACAUUACAGAUUUUUAUUGUCCGAAGGAUUUAAUUGUCCAAAGGAUUCUCUUUUAUAAUUCUUAUUCCCCCAAUUUUCCUAUGUUAUAACUCUAUGCCAAAAUAAAUCACCUCUUUCCUAUAUGAAAAA